CUGGUGACGUCACGCCGGUCCCUCUCUCUCGCCCCGCGGAGCCUCCAGCAGAGAGAGAGAGAGAGGCGAGGAGCGGCAGCGCGGAGCGGAGAGAGAGAGCGGCAGACGAGGAGGCGGAGAAGAUGAUGUGAUGCCCCUGCUGCGUCAGCUCCUCCCGGGGUCCCCGUCGCGGCGUCACGGCUCGCGCGGGGAGCUGCGCGCCGAGAUGAUCAGCGCGCCGCUGCGCGACUUCAGGCACACCAUGCACGUGGGCCGUGGCGGGGCCGCGUUCGGAGACACCGCGUUCCUCAGCGGUGGCACCACCGCCACCGCCACCGCCGCCACCGCCACCACCUCCUCGCCACCGACACCACCGCCGGCCUCGCGCCGCCCGUCCCCGCACAACCUGCUGCUGCUGUUGCCAUGGGGUAGGGUGCGGAGGAGCAACUCCGGGCAGCAGCAGCAGCAGCAGCAGCAGCAGCAGCUGCAGCAGGGAGGGCAGCUGGGUGAGAUUCCUCCGGCCGGGCAGUCGCCCAUCAUCAAGAACGCGCUGUCGCUGCCCGCGCUCACGGGGCCCAGGUUCACUCUGGGCAGCUCGGGGUCUCGGAGCGCCACGGCGACCCCGGUGCGCGUGACCCCUGCUGCUGGGGGUCAGGCGAGGGGACCCCCAAAAGAAGAUGAGGAGGAUGGAGAUGAGGAGGAGGAGGAGGUGGAUGGACCCGGCGGCCUGGGAUCUCCCUCCGCCCGCCGGCGCGCCGCCUUCCCGCACACGGACUCGGUGUUGUCGUUCCACGUGGACCUGGGGCCCUCCAUGCUGGGCGAUGUCCUCGGCGUGAUGGACGUGGUGGAUGAGGCCCAGGGCGGAGCGGGCCCAGCGCGGAGCUCCGUGCUGGAGCCACCGCCGCCGCCGCAUGGUGCGGAAGAUCUGGCGGAUGGUGAUGAUGUUGAUGAUGGUGAUGGGGAUGUUGAUGGGGUGUUAGACGGGGCAGAGACUCGCGGGGCAGCGGAAAGGGCAGGGCCCAAGGGAGGGCAGUCGAGACUCGGGGGCAGUCACGAAGGAGGGCAGGAAAGGGCAGUCGCUGCUCCAGGGGAAGCCGUGAGUGUGGGGGCAGUGGCAGGGGCAGGGCAGGAGACACUGCAAGGGGCAGCCGAGAAGGUUGAUACAGAGAACGGAGAGCGGGCAGCAGACAGGGCAGGUGAUGGGUCGAGCGAGGGGGCAGUGGCAGGGCAGGAUGUGAGAGAGGGGGCAGGGCAGGAGGAGACAUUGGAAGGGGCAGGGCAGGAGACGAGGGAUGGGGCAAUGCUCGGGGCGCUGGGAAGUGAAGGGCAGGAGAGCUCGCAAGGGGCAGCAGGAAGGGCAGGGCAGGGGUAGGACCCCCGCUGCAGACGUCGCGCCGUGUAAACACCGCUGUCGCGACCCGUGUCGCGACCCCCCAGAGAUGAGGAGGAUGGAGAUGAGGUGG